GGAAUGGAGUUGAGGGGCUCCCAUGGACACAACAGGCAGAGCGCAGGAAGACAUGGAGACACACAUGGCCACCAGGCACGGACACGGGAACACACGGGGGUGGGGGGGACAGUGGCAGAGACACACGGAGAAAGACGCAGGCCGGGACAUCACAGCCCAGACAGUGACACACACAGAGACCAGGGCCGCAUGGCGCACAGGGAGAGGCAGGUGCAGAGGACAGCUGGGCCCACAGACGACGUGGACAGUGCAGGACAGGACAGGGACAGGACGGGGCCGUGGCCCAGGCCCCGGGGCGGAGCAGAGGGAGCGGCCAGACGAGCUGAUGGGCCGGGAGCGGGCAGCCGGGCCGCGGGGCUGGGCAGGCAAGGACCCUGCGCCCGCGCGCUCAGGGCCGCCGGUC